UUUUUGCUUUUCUUUCUUUUUUGUUUUACGGGCUUCAGAUUGUUGAGUGACACAAUUCAGGGGUAGUUUUCUUCCCAAUUUUGAUAACACAGGUUUUCAGGUUUUGGGACUUCCGCCGGACCGAUAGCUUAUAAGUUUGCCUCAAUUCUAUUACCAAUUAAGGGUUACUAUUCUUGGUUACAUAUGCGUGUUCGCCAGAUUUUCUGAUUUGAGAGUAUAUUGGUUAAUUUCAAAUUGACCCCUGUGUAUUUUACAACCAAUUCGAAUUUACAUUUAUAUCGAUUUGGGCUUUGCUUCCUCAUUUUUGGUGACGUUAUUUAAAUGAAAUUAAAUGAAUAAAAAAUUGGGCCAAUCUGUGUUUGUGAGAGGAAGGGUGACCCUAACUGUUAAUUAAGCUCAGCACAAAUCCACAAAUCCCCCCAAGUUAUCUCCCACGUUACCCAUUCCAAUCACGUGAUCAAAUUGCACUGGAGGGGAAUUAGCAAAUCAAACUGUCCGUCCAUCAAAUCAACACACACUUUGACAGCUCCCUCCGAUUUGUGGCUUUGCCGUCUUUGUCACAGUGCUACGGGGAUGCCAUAUAGCUUAACGUGCAUCUUUUGAUCACCAAAAAAAAAAAAACUGGGACGAAAAAAGAGAGAGCAGUUAUUCUGAAUUAUCAUCCGGAGCCAAAUCCAUUUUUGGUCUGAAUUUACGACACUCGAGGUACAAUAAUUCUUUUUUCUCCUUCUCUCUUUUCUUUCUCUCCCCCUUUUGGUCGCUUGUUGUACACCCGAUUAUGAUUAUGGCUGCUAUUAUUGCCUACCAUUCUUCUUUCUAACCUGUACUGAGUGUGCGUUUUUAUGAAUGACGUUCUAUAUUCCCGCAUCCAGCAUCGUCCAGCAGUGCUUGUUUUCUGGAUCCAGUGCCGGUGUUUGUGGCGCUGAUGCCAGCGGUGCUGACGCGGGGGCGGCCGGCGCUUACUUUUAUUCCCCCAGUUGGCGAUGCAAGUGGUGACUAUUUUAUCCUCACGGAUGGGUAAACAAAAAUAAACAAAGAGCAACUUGACAGAAUGUCGCCUAAAUAGCUUCCAAAAAUUGCACAGCGCAGGUACUGUAGCAACAAAAAACAACAACAACAACGGGGACAUAGACGAUAUUCCUCUUUCUCUUCCCUCUAUUUUCAUCCAUCUUUCCAUACCAUCCGUCCCAUCCCCUCAUCAAUUUGAUUCAUUGGUCCCCAAAGAAGGACCCACCCGUCCUAUAUUUUUAUUCUCACGUGUUAUUGUGCAAAUUAUACAGACACCAAACAUAGCCACGAUAAAUACUUCCUUUAUCCCCUAUAAUAACAAUAAUCCCCCAUCAUAACAUAUUACACAACACGACGCCAUCACAAAACAUACCAAUCCCGCGGUCCCCUCCCCCAUCUUCCCUUGUGUUCUAUAAACAGGUAUGUUUCAAUAAUUGCUUUCAUGUUAUUAUACACACCGCUAUUAUUAGCUGGGAUAAUUUAUAAUUUAUUCCUGCUCACGGAAAGCAACACUUCAGUCAAUGACAUCAAAAUCGGAUGAUGUUACCUGUUAAACAACUGUGCGUUUAUAAAAUUUGUUCACGCUCAAUUAAAUUAGAAGACGAUGGUAAUAAGGUAACGAUGAUGGUAAUAGUACCAUAUUUGUUUAACUUCUGAGCUUUUGGGGUUCAUUUGUUGUCUAGUAUAAAUAAGCCCAUUAUACUUGCAAAUUUUCCCUUGUAGAGACAAACUUCUGCCAAGACAGACCAGACCUAUUUACCCUUUGAUUGCCAUCGUCGGAAGAAAACACCACAUUGUUUGUUUACUUUGUUUAUUUUCUCCAGUUUGUUCAUACUUCGUUCUUCCGUCAGCCGGGAGUCGCCACAUCGCGCAGCGCGGGUUCGUCCUCCCAUCCUUUCCGCCGCUCAAUUGAAUAUUUUCACCAACUUGAAAAACAAUUCGACUGAAAAAGUGAAUUACUUAGUAGCGACAAUAUAACAACAACAUUGGCUGUAGCUGCAAUAACUACCAAUAAAAUACCAUCAGGAAAGUAUUCACUUGUUGUGAUUGUUUUUGUUGUUGUAAUGUUGUUGUUGUUAUUGUAGUUUAUUCAUGCAAGUUUACAUAUCGCACCCCUUCAACUCGUUUCCCGGGUUACUUCUACCUCUUUCCUGUCCUCUAAUUAAAGCAAACUUCACAAAUCGAUCGAAUAUUACUGUCGUUGAUUUUGUUUACCCUGUUUACGGGUUGUUAUUUACCUUAAUACCCCUGCCGCCCGCUGCUCACCCACGCGACUGUUGCGAGGCGGCUCAAUGCUGACUGCGGCCGCCGCCGACUCUUCCUUCGCCCACUAUGACGACAAUCGCGACGACGCCAACAUGUUAUCAGCUUCCUAUUCUCCUGCGCCUACUUUUAAUUAUUCGCACUUCCAACAGGUUGAGUUGACGUUGGUGGUGAAAGUGAGUGCAGUCUAUUUGGCCUCUGCUAUGCUCCUCUCUCUCCUGGGAAACAGUCUCCUCCUCCUCACCUGCCUCGCCAACCGACACCUGAGACAGAGCCACUCCAACUACUACUUCAUGUCCCUGUCUAUGGCCCACUUGGCCAUGACUAUGACCAGUAUGCCCCUCACUCUCCUCAGUGUGCUGUACAAGAGUGACUUGUUUGAUGCUCUGCUGUGUAAACUGAAUCUGUUCAUGGUGCUAGCCCUCCAAGGUGCCGUAUCCCACACCCUGAUGUACUUCAGUUUACAUGUGGUCUUCUCAAUGGGACAGAUAGGCAAACAGCCGAACGCUUUCUUAGCCGACACCGUCAGCAACCACAGCCACACUCAUACAGUCACAAACAUCAAAAACAAACACGACGCUAAAAACCACACAACAAAUCACGUCUCGUUGAACAACCACCAAUCAAACAACUCAAAUCACGUUUCGGUUAACUGCACAUCAAGUAGCAAUUCGGCUAAAUCACACUCUUGGCGACCAACAAUGCAAGUAUUUGUAUCUCUUACAUGUGCGUGGAUCUUCGGCUGUGUGGGCGGGUUGGGGCCCGUAGCCGAAUGGGAAGCGAUUAGCCGAUCGACGAGUUGUCUCCACUGGCACCGACAACAUCAAAUUAUCCCAAUUUUCCACACCUACUAUUUAACUAUCGGCUCUUAUAUCUUACCUUUACUGAUGAUUGGCGUUAACUUAAGUCGGGUUUACUGUUGUUUAUUAACUAACCCGAGAAUAAAAACAGUAAUAAAGAGUAAUGCUGGAUUGCAGUCGUACGUGAAAUCGUUGCGUUCGUUCCAGGCGAUUGUUGUUCUGUUUACUCUUUCUUGGAUGCCUUAUUUUGUGCACGCGGUUUCGGAGAGUGUUCACGUGGUGAUCACGUGGCCUUGGAGCGAGAAUGUGUCGCAGUUGUUGAUCUACUGCUUCAUAUACUUCCAGAGUGCAACUUACCCUCUGCUUUUCUUCAUUGGCAGUCGGAACUUCCGAAGAGGAUUUGCGAGGAUGUCCACUGGAUGCCACUCUUCCGAUUCACAGCAAACAAUUUGGGACACUUCACCAACCUCUAUCAGACGCCGAGGUCAGUUGAGUUCAUUGACCUCUAGCAACAAUAAAAUCAUCAGCAAUCACUCUGCCUUUCUAAACACACUUGACCCACAGCAGCAGCAGAAGAAUGGACCCACCCAGCAUAGAGGGCGAGGGGAGAGAGGGGGACAACUGGGCUCAAAUCAGCACUCGGGUGCCUUAACCCAAAUACACAACAGCAAUCACGUGUCUCUUCUGGUCACGCCUGCCACACCUAAACAUCACGCUCUCAGCAUGGGCAUGGGCUGCGAGAAACACGAAGUGCUGUACAAGAACCCUUCCAAGCUCAAACUGGCAGACUUCGAGAAGAUAGUGCCUCCCAGACCUGUCAACUUCAACGUGCAACACCACGGAGGGGAUCCCGUCAGUUACAGCAGCGAUUCCGAGGGGGAGGGGACGGAACCAGCGGGAAGAGUCUCCAAUGUCAGCAUUUUCGGAACUUCUGAUCUCCCGGAACUUCAGCAGUCGACUGAUGUCGACGACAAUAUCCAGCCUCUAUUCGUGUUUGAUGACGUCAUCAGCCCGAGAAAUCAGAGACGUUCUAGAACAUUCCAACUUUCGGAUAUCGAUGAUGAGCCUUUUAGUUUCUUUAGACACAGAGCAGUAUCAAACAACACAGAAGGAAACGAAGAUACAUACAUAUGCAGUUCCAACUUCAAGAGUCCCGAAAAAACGGACGGGGGACCCUUGAAUGACUCACUAAUCAGUGGGGGGAACUUGACAAUGCCUACGUUGAGAAACACAAGCACGCAUUCUCUAUCAAUAUCCAAUUUGCCUCAGGUAAAACAGAAAAGACUGGAUUUUAUGCUGAUGGGACGGUCGGAUAAAAUCAGUGGUUCGACCAGCAGAAUAACCGACCGACCGCACCUGCCAAAUUUGGAAAUUAUCUCAGCCAGCGAUCGCACGCCAAGUCCAAUAUCGCCGCCUCAGCCAAUCAAAACCCGCAUCUCAUUCUCAGACCAAUUGGAAAAUAAUGAACCAAUCAGAGCAAAGCAAUCUAAAUCUUCGAAUAGCUUUGUCGAUGUAACGGACGAAUCAGGUUCGAUUUUGAAGAAUCACGAUAUUAUUCAACCUGGUUCGGCAACGCAUAGGUUGAAAGUCCAGUUGACGGUCCCAGAAAGAACUCGGCAAAGCUCCUUACGGAAGGAAGGGCGGGGUAACAAGGGGAUGUCUUCGGGAAGAGGUGGGAAACUGGGGAGCAGAUUCAUUAGCUUACAGGAAGACGCGUCCAGCAAGGAGACCUAUUUGUAAUUUUAUAUCGAGUAUAUUAGAAAUAAUCAUUCCAAUUUUCCAAUUUCAUUGUACAGGUUUAAUUCAAGUUCCAUAUAUCA